AUGUCGUCGCUUGAAGAAAAGCCGGCGUCAACGCAAAGCACUGACAGCAAGACCAAGGAGGAGGGUGGAUUUGGAGACCUGCUGCGGGUGUUUUCCUAUACAGACUCAACCGCUUGGGCUCUCUAUGUGGUUUCCUUCGUCACUGCUCUCGCUGCUGGGGCUGCCAUGCCAUCGAUGACACUGGUAUUUGGUGGAUUUGUAACUACUAUUACGGAUUUCGCUACAGGAGUGGGGGCACCAGAUCAUUUCCGUUCGGAAGUGAACAGACUUGCGCUUUAUUUCAUAUAUCUCUUUGCUGGCAAGUUUGCUCUCACUUAUAUCUUUACGGUGGCUAUUACGAUUGCUGGAAUAAGAACUACUAAAGCUCUCCGGGUCGAUUUCCUUGAGAAAACCCUUCGCCAGGAUGUCAGCUUUUUUGAUUCCUCAAACCAAGGGGCUACUGCGAUGCAUGUAACAACAAACGGGAAUCUUGUCAACCAGGGAAUUGCUGAGAAACUCGCCCUGACCAUUCAGGCGAUCUCGACCUUCUUUUCUGGGUUUAUCAUAGCCUUCGUUGUCCAGUGGAAGUUAACACUCAUCGGAAUAUGCAUUAUACCAGUGAUAAUCGCGGCCAUGGUGAUUUGCAUUGCCAUCGAUACAAAGCAAGAAACAACGAUACUAGGAUUCUACUCCAAAGCUGGCGUAUUGGCGGAAGAAGCCUUUUCCAGCAUCAAGACUGUUCAAGCCUUCUGGGCGCAUCCACGUUUGGCGAAAUCAUACAAUGAUUACCUGCAGCUUGCGCACCUAGAAGGGAACAGAAAAUCUCCAAAUUAUGGUUUUCUGUUUUCAACAGAAUUCUUUUGUACCUACUCCGCUUAUGGCCUGAUCUUCUGGCAGGGGGUCAGGCUUUUUGCGAAAGGGGAAAUUGAAAAUUCCGGGAAAAUAGUCACAGUCUUGUUUUCGAUCAUAAUCUCGGCGACUGGAAUUUCGCAAAUGGCCCCCCAUUCUAUAGCAUUUAGUAAAGCUGCCUCUGCUGCUUCAGAACUCUUUAAAACGAUAGAUCGCCAUUCCGAGAUCGAUCCCUUAUCGGGGGAUGGCCUUCGCCCAACGGACUUAAACGGUGACAUCGAAAUCAAGGAUGUGCACUUUUCGUACCCUUCGCGAGCUUCUUUUCCCGUUUUAUGCGGGCUAGAUCUUCAUAUUCCUGCGGGCAAAACAACUGCAUUAGUUGGCCACAGUGGGUGUGGUAAAAGCACAAUAAUCGCACUUCUUGAGCGUUGGUAUAACCCAUCGAGUGGCACCUUGACCCUCGACGGGCGGAACAUUGAUCAGCUAAAUCUACAUUGGCUUCGGACGAAGAUCCGGCUUGUUCAACAAGAACCCGUUUUAUUCAAUGGAACAGUUUUCCAAAAUGUUUGCCACGGUCUGGUUGGAACAGAAGCGGCGGAUAUUCCAGAAUCUGAAAAAAUGGAGCAUGUCAUCAACGCUUGUAAACUAGCAAACGCCCAUGACUUCAUUGAGGAAUUGCCGGAGGGUUACAACACCGAAAUUGGGGAGAGAGCAAGUAUGCUUUCGGGAGGACAAAAACAGCGCAUCGCGAUUGCUCGGAGUAUAAUUUCCAAUCCGAAAGUCCUACUCCUUGACGAGGCAACUAGUGCUCUGGACCCACACGCUGAGAAAGCUGUUCAGAGAGCGAUUGACCAAGUCUCCGAACACCGCACCACCAUCGUUAUAGCCCAUAAGCUUGCUACUAUCAGGAAUGCGGAUAAUAUUGCCGUCAUGUCAGCUGGCAAGGUUGUUGAACAAGGGACUCAUGAUGAAUUGGUCGCUGCGGGUGGUGCGUAUGCACAUCUUGUUGGUGCUCAGGAUCUUGGCGGCAAAGUAGAUGAGGAACCAGGAGAAGACAGCCUUGGAGUUGCCGAAUCUACUACCCCAAUGAAGGGCGGUGUCUCAUUGCUCCGAUCAACGACUACGAGAUCUGCCGUGGGACCUACGGAAGCUACCGUGGACGGAUCUGAACGCCCACUGUAUGAGAUGAAGCACAGUCUGUUAAAAUGCUUGUACAUAUUUUUGAAAGAGCAAAAGGGGACAAAAUUUCAAUACGUUCUUGUCGUGAUUUCUUGUAUCGCGGGUGGUUUAACGUAUCCUGCCCAGGCAGUUCUUUUCUCGCGCCUUGUUUCGGUAUUCACACUUCAAGGCUCUGCUAUGCUAGACAGAGGAGACUUCUUCUCCCUCAUGUUUUUUAUGGUCGCAAUUGGAAACUUUAUCGCUUAUUUUCUGCUUGGAUAUGUUUCAAACCGUAUUGCCCAGGUGGUUAACCACCGAUUUCGUUUAGAAAUUUUCGAAACAAUCCUCCGGCAGGAUAUGGAAUUCUUCGACAAGCCAGAGAAUGCUGUUGGUUCUCUAACCUCCAACUUGACCACCAAACCAACGCAACUCCAGGAGCUCUUGGGGUUUAACAUGCCCCUAAUGAUAAUCGUAAUCGUUAAUUUGGCUUCAAGUUGUAUCCUUGCACUCAUUGUGGGAUGGAAACUGGGACUAGUUACUAUAUUUGGUGGCUUGCCACCUUUGCUGAUCUGCGGGUAUCUUCGCAUCCGACUUGAAAUGAAAUUCGAAUCGCUCACGGGGGAUCGGUUUGCGAAAAGCGCAGCACUUGCAAGCGAAGCCGUCUCAUCUAUCAGAACGGUGGCAUCAUUGGCACUCGAAAAUUAUAUUCUCACUAAGUAUCAUGGCAGUAUGAAUGGCAUUGUUAAGCGCUCCAUACGGAACGUGGUAUGGACGAUGCUUUGGUAUAGUCUGGCGCAAUCGAUUGAAUUCCUUGUCAUGUGUCUUGGAUUCUGGUAUGGCUGCCGCCUUGUAUCUUUCGGGGAAUAUUCUAUGAACCAGUUGUUCAUUGUCUUCGUCGGAGUUGUUUUCAGCGGGCAAGCUGCCGCUCAGUUUUUCUCAUACACAACCAGUAUAACAAACGCCCACAUCGCGGGGAAUUACAUGCUUUGGCUCCGGAGCCUCAAACCUCAAAUCCAAGCUCAUGAUGAUUCAGCCGAUCCGGAUCUCGAAAAGAAGCCUGAUGGUGACGGUUUGCUUGCAUUAGAAGACCUCGAAUUUGCUUAUCCGCAACGCCCAAACGCACGUGUCCUUCGCGGAAUAAACGUCACUAUAAAACCAAACUCUUUUGCUGCAUUUGUCGGAGCAUCCGGCUGUGGUAAAUCUACCAUAAUCUCCCUUCUAGAACGCUUUUAUGACCCCAGUUCCGGUUGCAUCAAAUUCGACAAGAACGACAUCUCCAAGUUAUGCCCUCGCGAAUACCGUCGGCGAGUCGCGCUCGUUCAACAGGAGCCGACUCUGUAUCAGGGCAGCAUCCGCGACAAUAUCGCAAUGGGCUUAGAAACAGAAGCUACACAGGAACAGAUCGAGGAAGCGGCCCGCCAGUCAAACGCAUUCACGUUCAUCUCUUCCCUCCCUGACGGUUUCAACACCCUUUGCGGCUCACGCGGUACGCAAAUGUCCGGCGGUCAGAGACAGCGUAUCGCGAUUGCUCGCGCGCUGAUUCGCGCGCCGAAACUGCUCCUACUUGAUGAAGCGACGUCUGCUCUUGAUACUGAUUCAGAAAAGGUGGUUCAGGAGGCCUUGGAAAAGGCGUCAUCGGGUAGGACGACGGUGGCGGUUGCGCAUCGUCUGUCUACGAUUAAAAACGCCACGGUGAUUUUUGUAUUUGGACGAGGGAAGGUUUUGGAAUCUGGGACGCACGCACAGCUAUUGGCUAAAAAGGGGAUUUACUAUGAGAUGUGUUUGGCACAGUCAUUAGACCAGAAGGUUCCGCACAAGGAGGGAUAA